AUGGAUUUUCCUCGACGUCAUCGAUCAACAUACCUUUUUUUAAUAAUAUUUCCUUAUUUAUAUAUCAUAUAUUCUUAUUUUUUUAAUUCAUCAUCAACUGCACAAUUUCAACCAAAUUACUUAUUAAAACCAGAAGAUACUGGACGAGUUUUAAUUAUCUAUGUUUGGGCUGAUACAGAUAUACAAUCACUUGGUAAUUUACAAUUUUUUAUUCGUUAUGGUGUUCAUGAAUCACAACGAGCUGAUUAUUAUUUUAUUUUACAAGAAGUUAAUAAACAACCAGUGAAUAUAUCAAGUUUACCAAAACUUCCACCCAAUGCACAUUAUAUUGAACAUGUAAAUGAAUGUUUCGAUUUUGGUACAUUUGGAUGGUUUUUAUCAAAAAAAAGCGUGAAUUUAAAAUUAUAUAAAUAUUUUAUUUUUAUGAACGCAUCAAUACGUGGACCUUUUCUUGUGGCUUAUUUUGAUGAUGAAUCAAGUUGGUGGUAUAAUAUAUAUACGAAACGUUUAAAUGAUGAAGUAAAACUUGUUGGUUCAACUAUAAAUUGUGAACAUAAACCACAUGUACAAAGUUAUAUAUUGGUUACUGAUCAUGUUGGUUUAGCUAUAUUAAUAAAUCCUACUAAAGGAGUAUUUAGUUGUAAAAAAGAUUAUACAGAUGCUGUUUUUAAUGGUGAAAUAGGUGCAAGUCAAUUGAUUCUUCAUGCUAAUUAUCAAAUAGCAUCAUUACAAGUUAAAUAUCAAGGUUAUGAUUUUCGUAAGAGAGAAAAUCAAAAGUGUAAUUAUGAAAAAAGUCCAAUAUUUAUUGAUAAAUCUGUUGAUACUAUAACUCACGAUCCAUUUGAACUUGUUUUUGUUAAAUAUAGAGGACCAUCGACGAGUUUUGAUUCAGAUCUUGAACGACGUGCAUUUAUCUAUCAACGAUGGCUAAAAGAACAGCCGCCAAAACAAGAACCUAAAAAAGUGAUUGUUUAA